AUUUUAAGUCAUUUUUUAUUUUUUAUUUUGGCGGCUUCUAACCUCUGUAUGAUAGUACCACUACUGUGCUAGAUAGAUUUAGAGGUUGUCAGUAAGGCCGUAUGGUUCAGGUUUGUGGGGGAGUCGUUAUCCAUCCUGAUGAGGACCUGUGUGUGCUGUGUAAAUAAAUCCUGUGUGUGUGUGUGUGAUGUCUGUCAUUGUUGUCCUCAGGCCACCCAGCCCACCUCGCUGCUGCCGCCGCCGCCAGUGCGGAGAGGGAACGGGAGAGGGAGCGUGACCACCGUGAGCAGCAGGAGAAAGAGAGGGAGAAGGAAAGGGAAAGGGAACAGCGAGAGAGGGAGAGGGAACGGGAGCGGGAAAUGCGAGAACGCGAGCGAGAGAGAAACAAUGAAUACAUCCGCGGCGGAGGACCAGAGCAGCCAGGGCGGCCAGGGAGUCGAGGUUAUCUGCACCCGCCUUCCCCCUCGCUCAGGACGCAGGAUGUUGUGGUUCAGCAGCGGCCGAGCAUCUUCCAGGGCAAGAGUGUCAUCACCUCUCUGAUGCCUCAUUCAGCAGCAGCGACGGCAGCAGCACAGAGCAGCUCUCGCUACAGCACUGCAGCUGACGCUCUGGCCGCUCUGGUGGACGCCGCAGCCUCGGCCCCGCAGAUGGACGUGGCCAAGGUGAAGGAGAGCAAACACGAACGGGACGAGGACAUGGCGGCGGCUCGACGAGCAGCCAGCCUCUCCGAACAGCAGCAGCAGCAGCAGCAGCAGCAGGAGGCGGAGAGGCGAUCCAUGCAGUCCCCGUACAGUGCUAUGUCUCUGCCAGGGGGGAAGCCCCAUCCAGCUUACGCUGAGGGGCCCGGAGCCAAGGAUAAGGGCCCUCAGACCUCAAAGUCACGCAUCGAGGAGGAGCUACGGACUCGUGGAAAGACGACUAUCACAGCCGCUAACUUCAUCGAUGUCAUCAUCACCCGACAAAUAGCCUCGGACAAAGACUCACGAGAGCGAGGCUCUCAGAGCUCAGACUCCUCGAGCAGCU